AUGGCGCCCUGCGGCGAGCCCGCCCAAAGCGGCUUCCCGCGGCUCGGCGCUGGAUUAGCGCGCCUGGCGGGGCGGAGGCAGCGCUGCGCGGCGGAGCGCGGCCGGCCGCGGGAGCGGGAGGCGCCGGAGCGGCCGCCGGAGCAGCCGGCGGCGCCGCGGGCCCCGGGCAGCGCCUGGUCCGUGUCCGACAUCCUCACGGAGGACGACGAGCAAGACCGCGUGCCGCUGCAGAAGCUCGAGCUGCUGGGGGAAUCGGAAGAGCUGAGAGGCCUGCUCCAGAACCCGCACCUCCGGCAGCUACUGCUAACGAUAGAUCAAGCGGAGGAAAAAAGCUCCCUCAUGAGAAAGUACAUGCAGGAGCCGUUAUUUGUUGAGUUUGCAGACUGCUGUUUGAGAAUUGUGGAACCCCCCGAGAAGGAGAACAUUCUUCCAGAGUGAGCUUCGUGGGGAACGUUUUUCUUUCCCUGAAAUUUUUACUCUGAGAGAAGAGAUACUCCAGCACCAUGAGCUGCUGGGCUACAUCAUGCUGUAUUUCCUCUAGCUUUGGUCAUGUUUUGCUCAUGGACUUCUGUUCUCUAAAUUUAAUUUUGCUGCUGGUAAGCAGUGACACAGGCAGUCAAGGACAGUGUUGGAAUGGAGAGAUUUCUGAACACUAGGGAUUAAAGUUUAUAUUCUCAGGACUCGGUUUCUGU